GUCUUCUCUGCUUGUAUGCCACACCCACACCAAUAGGAGAGCCAAAAAUCUUGUUGCAGGAACCUUCUCGUUCUUCGAAGCUACGGUACUAAGGAUAUAAUCCGGAUCGACCCAUCUCAGAUCCGAUCCAAACAAAAACAAAGAUGAAUAUUUUCAGGUUAGCUGGGGACAUGACCCAUUUGGCCAGCGUCCUUGUCCUCCUCCUCAAGAUCCACACCAUCAAAUCCUGUGCUGGUGUCUCUUUGAAGACUCAAGAACUCUAUGCACUUGUUUUUGCUUCUCGUUACUUAGAUAUCAUUAAUCAUUAUAUAUCUUUAUAUAAUACCGUCAUGAAGUUGAUAUUCUUGGGAAGCUCAUUUUCUAUUGUUUGGUACAUGAGGUACCACAAGAUUGUUCGUAGAUCUUAUGACAAAGAUCAAGAUACCUUUCGUCAUUAUUUUCUUGUUUUGCCCUGCUUAUUAUUGGCCCUACUUAUCAAUGAGAAAUUCACAUUUAAGGAGGUGAUGUGGGCAUUUUCCCUCUAUUUGGAAGCUGUUGCUAUACUUCCUCAACUAGUAUUGUUACAGAGAACUAGAAAUAUUGACAAUUUGACAGGACAAUAUGUCUUUCUUCUUGGUGCGUACAGAGCACUAUACAUCCUCAACUGGAUCUAUCGCUAUUUUACUGAGCCUCACUUUAUACAUUGGAUAACAUGGAUUUCUGGCCUUGUUCAAACACUGCUCUAUGCUGACUUCUUCUAUUACUAUUUCCAAAGCUGGAAGAACAACCAGAAGCUUCAUUUGCCAGCAUGAGUGUAUUCUCUCCACUUCUUGAAAACCAAGGAUCUCAUGGGGACAAUUAACAGUGAGCAGAAAUCACUAUGCUAUCUGGACGUAGUGCUUUCUGAUUUACAAUUCCAUAUUUGUUUGUUCUUGCUCCCUCAAAUACUACUGUACUAAUAACUAGGAAGAUUACAGACAGAAAGGCAUCAAAUUGUUUAUGACUGUAAUGCAAUUUUAACUUGAAAAAGUAUUGAGAUCUAGAUGGAGAUACGUUGC